AAGAAGAAGAAGAAAAUCGUAGAAAUAUCUCCGGUUCUUUGUGUAACAUAAAUUGCAUAGACAUCGUUUUUUUAUUGUAAAUAUAACUUCUACAUUUUGUAUUUAUUGGUUUUGGGUGCAGUGUUUUCCUGGUCGAUAAUGUUACAUAAAGGAAAUUUGUUAGCAAGAAUUGGAAAAUCGCUUGGUACUUCGUUACCAUUACGAUUCAGUUCAACAUCUGUAAAGCCCAAAACUGCAAUACUUAUGUUAAACAUGGGUGGUCCACAACACACAGAUCAGGUACAUGAGUACUUAUUGAGAAUUAUGACCGAUCGAGACAUGAUCCAACUGCCGGUUCAAAGUCGACUUGGGCCAUGGAUUGCUCAGAGACGUACAGCUGAAGUACAGAAAAAAUAUAAAGAAAUUGGCGGUGGUUCUCCUAUUCUGAAAUGGACAAAUUUGCAAGGCGAAUUAAUGUGCAAAGAACUAGAUCGUAAAUGUCCUGAAUCGGCACCACAUAAACAUUAUGUUGGAUUUCGCUAUGUAAAUCCACUUACCGAAGACACAUUAAAGGAAAUUGAAAAGGACUCACCCGAAAGAGUAGUACUUUUUUCCCAGUAUCCGCAAUAUAGUUGCGCUACGUCUGGAUCAAGCUUUAAUUCAAUAUUCUCACAUUACCGUCAACAUUCCCUUCCUGAGAAUAUCAAACUCAGCGUAAUUGACCGAUGGUCGACACAUCCACUUUUGAUUAAAACAUUUGCUGAACGCAUACGUGAAGAGUUGAAUAAGUUUAGUGAAACUAAGCGUAAGGACGUUGUUAUACUAUUUACCGCGCAUUCUCUUCCAUUGAAAGCAGUUAACCGAGGUGACGCUUAUCCAUCUGAAGUAGGUGCCAGCGUACAUUUGGUUAUGCAAGAGCUAGGAAAAUCCAACCCUUACAUUUUGGCGUGGCAAUCAAAAGUUGGUCCCCUGCCUUGGCUUGCUCCAGCUACUGAUGAUGUCAUUAAAGCCUAUGUAAAACAAGGACGAAAAAACUUUAUCCUCGUACCCAUUGCAUUUGUAAAUGAACACAUUGAAACUUUACAUGAAUUGGAUAUUGAAUAUUGUGAUGAAUUAGCCAAAGAGGUUGGUGUAGAAGAAAUAAGACGCGCUGCCGCUCCCAAUGAUCAUCCCCUUUUUAUUGAAGCGCUAAGCUCUAUUGUAGCUGAUCAUCUGAAGGAAACUCAAACUGUAAACCCUAAGUUCUUGAUUCGCUGUCCAAUGUGUGUCAAUCCGCGCUGUAGAGAUAGUAAAGAUUGGUAUAGACAGGUCUGUGCGUAAUAACCGUACAAAAGGCGUUUGAUGUAAAUGGUCACAAAUAUUUUUAUAAAGUGCUUUAAAUAUCGUUCGUUAAAAUAAGAUGAACUUUAUUUGGUUUUACGUUAUAUUAUGUUGAAUUAAUGGAACAAAGAAUUUUAGUUGAAAAUUAAAUAACAUAUGCAUGUCAC